AAUAAUUUUAAUUUAUCCACUAAUCGAAACAAACACGCUUAUGAGAAUAUCUCACCGCAAGGGGUAGAGCAAGUGUACUGGCCCUUUAAGGACAUCGACCCGGAUGACAGCGGGUACGCACCACGAGGCGCCGCGUGUGUGAAAAUCAGUGACGCGCUGGGUCGCGUUGGGGUGAACAACGCUGUAUUGUAUGCGUUCGGAGGCUCGGAUGUCGAUCUACCCGCUUUACCCGGUCUGGUAGUGCGCGACGCCCAGUGUUAUCCCCCAUCCCAUUGUCCGAGGGUUUCGCGUCGUGUUGUUAGAUAUAUGCACACGGGUGGAGGAUAAAGACGACACACGUUGGGAGCUUACAGCAGAUCAGCUUUGGAUGAAGAAUCCCGAGUGGAACCGCAAGAUCGGGGACCUGGGGGUGGCUAUCGGUGAGAAAUUAGGAUUCCAGGACGUCCUGCUGGACAUCAUUUUGUCCAAACUGGUGGUGUACGCACCAGGAGCACACAUUAAGAAACAGAAGGACGGUGAGGAGCAGAAAGAUGUAGUAGCAAGCUUGGUGGUACAGUUGUCAUCACUACAUGAGGGAGGAAACUUGGUCGUGUUUGAUGACGAAGAUACUACACAGAAGUACAGAUUUGAUUUCGGCAAGUCGACCAGGAAAGCAGCGUUCAACCCUAGCUAUGCAGUGUAUGUGGCGGGGGCAGAGUAUGAACUGGAAGAGGUGCAGAAAGGAUAUCGCGUGGUACUGGAAUACUCGAUACGGUUGCCGAGUGGUGAGACUGUGGCACCAGUGAACCAGUCGAGGAGGUUUUUGCAAAGAGAAUUGAAGGAGGCUAUCGAGGAUUUUGGCCAAACGAAUGGAACGUUUGCACUAUUGUUGGCGAACGACAAUGGUCCAGAUGAACGCUUUGAAAUGGAAGGGUCCCAGCGAAUGAUUGGGGUUGAUAGAGCACGAUUCCAAGCUCUGCAGAAGGCAAAUAGUUUUGUUUCUGAUGAUAAGAAGGUGAAGUUUUAUAUUGCCAGAAUUGAACACACGGCCAAAGUUGUGAAGGACCUAGGCGGCGAUGAUAACAGUGCAUUGUACCGCAGUUACCCGCGGAUACCCCUUAGGGGAAUCGGUGCAGAAGAAUCCCGUUGGAAACUUCGACGGAGAUCUGAGUCUGUUAUGUGGUUUACGACGAUAGGUAAAAUGCUGCAACAGCGGGACUUGGAAUACCCAAAUGACACGCUUGGCUGGACGAGCACGAUGAACUUCUUGAAUCCCGAUCGAACAUCGUCCCGUUCAACGUGGGGUAAGUACGUAAGUCGCGACGAAUUAGUCGUGGUAACAACGAUUAAGUACAAGGCGUAUGCUGUUGUGGGGUGGCAUUUUGCACAUGACCUAAGGAAUACCGCCCACCUUUUUGGCGAGGAUGCCGCUUUAUCAUUGAUCAUAACUGACAAGCACGUGAAUGCAUCAAAAAUGCGAUCUUUCCUGAAUAUUGCAACCGGAAAUGAGGAGAAUGAUGGCGACCAAAACGACAGCAUUUCACCCUUACACGACGUUUUGCCAACGUAUGUGCAAGGCAGUUGCUGCAGCUGGGGAUGUGGAGUUGGUGUGGCUAUUUUUUAUCCGAUUCUUUGAAAAAUUGAAGAAGAAGGAAUUGCUAGCUCCAUCACUAUAUAUGAUAGCUUUCCUAAUCGAGAACUUUGGUUGGAAUAUGGUGUGUACACCACUGAAAAACGUUAUGAAUCGAAUGUCGCCGCAGGAUGCCAUGGCUUUAGCUCUCCAUUUAACAAAAGCUUGUGAUGCUCAGACGGCUCUGAUGACGAUAGCAGUUGAGAAGGCGCAACUUGUCCCUGAAGUCCUUAUAGCUUCGUCAAAGCAACAGGAUUACUGUGGAUAUUAGCAGCAAGCUGCCAGAACGACCUAUUUACGAAGGUCGCAACCAUGCUUCAGAACAUGAAUUCGAGCGUUCUUGGCCCUAUUAUAUCAGACGUAGCAGCGUAUGUGCAAGCACAUUCUCCAUGGGAACAACGUGUGGUGUUGGCAUCGUUGGUAAUUGUUCGGCGUCGGUGGUUGGAAGCCGAGAUCGCACGUCUCAACAAGGACUUCACUUUGCAGAUACCAAGCGUACGUUUCUCCACACAAUCUCGAACUGAAACAUUUUUUUCGUGAAGAAAGAAAUUCGUUUGUGAUAACCGACUUUGCGGACAUUUCUGCGGCGCUUAGAUUCGUUCAGGAAAACCUUCCACACUCAACUGAGUCGAGCUCUGUUGCCCAUUGACUUUGGAAGCUCACAGGUCGAUACGAGAGCAAUUGUAAUUGUCAACAAUACCCGUGAGCAGUACGAGAGCUCCAGAAGGCAGCUACAUAGAAGAAUAUAACGCGGAGAUCAACCUUCUACUGGCUUGGAUUUGGAGCAAUGUCCACUCAGUCAGCGAUUGGUUAAGCACUGCCUAUCAUGGAAACGGACAAUGCUCAUUGCGAAAGUUCAAGACAGUGGCUAGAAGGUCUGCCAUAAUACCUUGGCACUUUUACCUACUUUCCAGGUGAUCAGUACUAAGUGUGAGGGAAAACGAGGGUCGUGAACACGAAAACGUGAAUGGCGUUAACGUGUCGAAACAUCAGUAUUUCAUUCAUCUUUGAAACUGGGGUGGACCCCAAGGAUUUGUAUUGCAAGGUCGUUCGAGACACCAAGUCAGCGCAAGCACGGGCUGAUCGGGAGUGAAUUGUUAUCAAUAAUUCAUUUCCGCCAGUUGUGACCGACGCAUUCUUUUCUGGUAUCCUAUCACCUGAUUUCAUUCUCAGUGCUUCAUAAAACCCCAUUCACGCGCUUUUGGAUGAUUGGCGACAGCUUCAUAAAUGCCGAGCAACAUCUUGUACGGCGCAACUACAGACACUGGAACACCAAGAAUGCGUCCGCUUUGAAACGUCCAUAGCAACGAGUAAAUAGCAAGGUCCGCAACGGUGAGUCUGGCACACACAGAAUAGCGUUCAUUCCACUUCGACGUUCGCUGCUCGAGGAAGUUCAAUGUCUUGGGGAGAGUUUCUUUCGCCAGAAUUGUUCGCAACCGCAUCUGCUCCACCGAGUCCGUUUCAAAGUACGACGCGUUCCAAGUGUAGGAGCUAUAAAAUUCAUCGAUUACGGAAAACAACUCGUCGAUCCGGAAAACCUCCUUGCUAUUACUGGGCGAGUAGAGUCCCCCGAGUGUGCCAACAUAGCGGAGAAUUCCUAGGGCCUGUGAGACGACCUCUCCAUCGACUUGAAGCACCGGUAGCUGGUUAAACGGCAGCGUCGAGCGUCUUUUGUUUAGCUCUUCCACAUCAAUGCGCUCGUCCUCAAAAGGAAUCCCAGAGAUAAACAGAGCCAAACGAAUUGGCUCAGCACGUCCAGGAAACGGAAAAUAAGUGAGCUUCAGCUUCGGGUACAUUUUUGAAUCUUGUGUGCUCAGGUGCUUCACUCUUGGGUGAUUCUCCACCUUCGACGCCGCUGCGAAGAUACACUUAUGCUUGUCAACCUCAACAUCGAGUUCCGUCUUCCUAAUUGACUUGACCCAGCAGUACAAAGCGAUCUCAUGGAGAAACACGUUAUCAUUCAAAACCUUAAACGCGGGAAUCCCUCCCAGACGCUGAAGUCGUGCCUCGAUUGACGAAGCGUAACGCAAGAUGUUGGUCGUCUCUAAUUCGCUUGAGGUGUUUGUUUUAGCUCGUGCUUCGUUCAGAACGUGAAGAAUUUCAUCGACAUGGAGAGCCAUGACGGGGGAGCUGACUGGAUAUAGGCCACUCAGACGUCCCGCAAGACGAAUCAUAGCAUCAAAAUGCGUAAAAGAUGUUCCAUUCACGUGUAACUCUGCGUACUGCCCCUCCGCAACAUCAGUUGGUGAUAAAGACCUUUCUUCGAAGACAAUACCGCCGAUGCAGAGCGCCAGACGCACGGGGUGAAGUCCAGCAGGGGCGACAAGGUGGACGUAUCCGGUGUUGCGCAUGGUCGCGGUGGAACGGAAAUGCAGCAAAUCUCUAAAGAUUAUUUGUGCCUACAGCAAAAUUGACAAUUGCUGCAGUAAAGUAGACAAUUGCUGUGGUAAUCUCUGGAAGAGCCAGACGCAACUUGCUUCAUCCCAAACGAGACAGCAGUACAUGCAAAAAAAAAAAAAAA